AUGACUAUCAUCAAAUCCAUGACCUCCCUCUCUUUCAACGCCUCUGCUUUUAGCAAUGGUUCAGUAAUGAGCUCUGGCUCAUCAUCAUUUGGACAAUCGUCAAACAACACGUCUGGUAUUGUUAAGACUAUUGGUGAGAAUCUCUCACCAGCAGUUGAGGGUAUCACCACCUCUGUCAAGGCAGUUGCAGGUACUGUUAUCGCUUUUGCUGAUGGUGUUACCAGCUCAAUUGGAAUCUAA